CUGCGGAGCGCCGGAGGCCCCUGUCCCGCUGUCACCCGCGCCUGCCGCGACCUUGUUCCUCCUCUCCUUCAAUGGUGACGGAGCCGCUGCCGCCCGGGCGGGCAGCCGCGGCGAGGCCUCGCUAGGAGCGCUUCCCGGCGCAUCCAUGGCAUCCCCCAGGACCAUCACCAUCGUGGCGCUCUCGGUGGCCCUGGGGCUCUUCUUUGUCUUUAUGGGGACCAUCAAGCUGACGCCGCGGCUCAGCAGAGAUGCCUACAACGAGAUGAAACGAGCCUACAAAAGCUACGUGCGGGCCCUUCCCAUGCUGAAGAAGAUGGGAGUCAGCUCCAUCCUCCUCCGCAAGAGCAUCGGGGCCCUGGAGGUGGCCUGUGGCAUCGUCAUGACUCUGGUGCCCGGCCGCCCCAAGGACGUGGCCAACUUCUUGCUGCUCCUCCUCGUGCUGGCCGUGCUCUUCUUCCACCAGCUCGUGGGGGACCCGCUCAAGCGCUACGCCCACGCCCUGGUCUUCGGGAUCCUGCUCACUUGCCGCCUGCUCAUCGCCCGCCAGCCCGAGGAGCAGCCGCYGGACAAGAGGGUCCUCUCGGUGAAYGGCGACGAGCAGCCGCCGGCCCACGAGGCAGCUGCCGAGAAAGGCAAGAUGAAGGUAUCCUAGUCGAGCGCGUUGGAGGAACACGGACCCAUGAGGCAGCUCCUAAAGCACCCAGAUCCUUCUUUUAUUUUUAUUU